UUUACUCCACCAGAAACUGCCAGAAGAGGUUCAUCGUGUAUAUUGUCGUGGGUUAUUUUCUUUGUAUUUCCUGCCUUGAGAGACUCCCAAAAACCAUGCCAUGAAUUAAGAAAGGAAAUAUUGAGUUUAUUCGUCAAAGCAACAGUCACAACAGCGUGUACAUACCGAAUAUUAAACUGAAAAACAAAGUUUUGAAACGGCAAGCAAAGAUGACAGCGUCGUGUGUUUAUUUGGCUGCGGAUGCCUACAUGGUGUGCUUGACGCACGCACUGUCGACGGAAAGGGAAGAAGUAAUGGGACUUUGCAUCGGAGAGAUUGACACCAAUCGAGCUGUACACAUUGUGUCAGUGAUCAUGCUUCAGAGGUCCGAUAAGAGAAAGGAUCGUGUGGAGAUAUCUCCAGAACAGCUCUCUAUGGCAGCUUCCGAGGCAGAAAGCCUAGCCACUUUGAUGGGUCGCCCCUUGAGGGUCAUCGGCUGGUACCACUCUCACCCACACAUCACCGUCUGGCCAUCCCAUGUCGAUGUAAGAACCCAAGCAUCUUAUCAGUUCCUGGAUGAUGGCUUCAUUGGUCUCAUCUUCUCAUGCUUCAACGAGGAGAAGGAAACCCGUGCUGGACAGAUACAGGUCACAUGCUUCCAGUCGACCAAUCAGAGUCCAGAAGGGGAGCCCCCAAUCUAUGACAGGCUAGAGAUCCCCCUGUUCAUCAUACCCAAGGACACGAUUGGCACGUCCUGCUUGGAUGCUCUGGCCGAACUCCCCAAAAUUCUGUCCCAAGAGGAGCUGGAGGCCUACAACCAGGCCGACUGCAACACGGGGACCUCGAUGACGGACUUGUUGACCACAAUGCACAAUGGAGCCGUCUACACCAAAUCGCUCUGCCAUCUCAUGGAUGUUCUCAGCGGGCCGCUCAUGCAGUGUUUGGAAAACCGCCUAGAAAGGAACCAACGCAAGUUGGAAUCGUUACGGCAGCUCAAACACAGUCUGCAAGUGCAGCUGCAGGGCUGAUGUAAUAUCCUCCCCCCUGCCUCUCACUUUCCCUCACGAAUAAUGCCCAGUCCAUUUUUUAAAUCAAAACGGAUCCCUCUUCAUCCGAUCAAUUUUUAAAAAUAAUCACCACUGACACUAUCAAACAAACAUGGGUACAAACGAACUCACGCGGGUCUUUCAGGAGGGCGAUUGGAUUAGUUGGAUUUUGAAAAGUUUUUCAUUUUCUUGGCCAACCAAGGAAUCAGGGAAUCCUCGGCUGUCUGUGUGCUGGUCUGUCUGUUGUCUUACAAUCAAUGUGUCCAUUGGACUUGCAGUUUCCCUAAAAAGAAGUGGCAUCAAUCAGAAAGGGAAAUGUGCCUUUUAAAGUGCGGGUUAUUCCGAGGAAGUGUAAGUACAAAUUGGGUACACAUAUCAACAUUUCCAACCUUUCCAUUUUUCCCAGCAUUCUCUGGAAAAAUGGGGGGGAGAUAUGGUCAAAGUGAUUCUUGACAGAUUUUUUUUAGCAACUGCUCGUUACACGCGGUUUGACUCUGCGAGCCAGUGGGUUUUUGGAACAUCCUUUCUCACUGUAGUAUCUUGAGGUACCAACACAACGGCCCUGAAGCUUUUUCAUGAGGAUUUCCGCUUGGACAGUAGUCGCGUAGGGGACUGGGACCUCAACACAAGUGGCCAGAAAGCUUGUCCAAUCCCGCUUGGAAAUCAGUUUUCGCAGGUUCCAUGAACGUUUCUGGUCCCAGCUACGCAACGGCUCAUCUCU